AUGGAGGGAGUACAAGCUUGUAAUGGGGACAGGCUAAGUGAGCUGCCCGCCGAUGUGCUGCUCAACAUUCUCGAGAGGGUGGGCACACUUGAUGCUGUAAGAACCUGCAUCCUUUCGAAGCAGAUGCAGAAGCUGCCAGCUAUGCUCUCGCAGAUCGUCAUUGAUCUCAGCCCUCGUGAUUUGUUUCAAAAAAGUGAUGUCGUGGCUGAUGUGACCAACAAGAUUCUUAGUAGGAGGCCUCCACACAUCACCAUUCGCAAGCUGAAGCUCAAAUUUGUCUUGAGUCCUUCUCGCUGCCUUUCCAUCGGCAAAUCCGUUGGCCUUGCCAUGACAGCUCAGAAAUUUGAUGCAGCUGAGUUUGAGAUCAUGACGCCGGUGGAUUUCCAUCUUUGCACUGAUGCUUAUCACCUGCUCUUUGCUAAGCAGUUCAAUAAUUUUGUUCAUGAUUGUCCAGAUGCAUUUGCUGGUCUCACGCAGCUGCAUCUACCAAAUAUGAGGUUUGGUGAAUCAGACAUACCCAACAUCCUAAGCAAUUGCAAGCGGCUGGAGUCACUGUCUUUCUUCAUGUGUGGCGUGGGGAUCAGUUCGGUUCUGCAUGUGGAACACACUCAACUCGUCGAGCUUGUUAUGUCCUAUUGUGUAUUCAAAACAGUGGAGCUCAGCUCUCUACCAAAGCUCCAAAGGAUGACCUUUGGUGAUUGGCCCUGUGAUGAAACUCCGUUGGUUCUUGGUUUUGUCCCUCAGCUUUCCAAGCUCAGUCUUGCUAAUCCAAACUUUUCAGGCAAGACCCACAACUUAAGCAAGCUGCUUGCUGAUGCCCCUACUGUAAACAAUUUGUUUCUGGAGUUUCGAAGUGAAAAGGUACUCACUCUAAUCAUCUCUAUCCCAUUCUUAUUUGGGUUCAACCAGAAUGCCCGAAAGUGCUUGCUCAUGUUCUCGCCAAAUUACGAUGUGAAGUGGGAGCCAUUUGAUCCUUAUUUGAAGCACAAGAAUCUGGCGAGGCUAACUACUUACGGCUUCCAGUCCGGCGACAAUUUCACAAGAUACGUCAGGCGUGUCAUUCAAGCUGCGGUGAAUGUCAGGAAGGUAUCUCUGCACGACAGGAAGAUGUGCAAGCUCUGUGCUGAAAAGUUUCCUCAUGCUGAGGUUCGUCCUUCGGGUUAUCCACGGACCAGCGAGGAGAUGGAUUUGUCAAGGAAGAAGAUGACAGCGGUGUCGGCGACGGCUUGUCCUGAUAUUCACUUCUGCUCAUAA